AUGAAUCUAGUGGAGGGCAAUAAUGAAGAACAAGAAAAGAGUGAAACAAAAGAGGAUCCCCUAGACGAAGAACGUCAAGGACUGGUGAGGGAAGUAGGGAAUUUGGCCGUUUGGAGUUUGUCCUCAUGCAAACCUGGUUUUGGUGUCGAGCGUCUACGUGACAAUAUAAUGGAUACUUAUUGGCAAUCAGAUGGACAACUGCCGCAUUUAGUCAAUAUACAAUUUCAUAGUAAAACAAAAAUUAGCCAAAUUUACAUAUACACCGACUAUAAGUUGGACGAAAGUUAUACGCCAUCCCGCAUUUCAAUAAGAGCAGGUUCGAAUUUUAAUGAUUUGCAGGAACUACAAAUAGUAGAUCUACACGAACCUACUGGCUGGGUAGCAAUACCCAUUAAAGAUGGUAGCGUCAAGUGUAUUCGUACGUUUAUGCUGCAAAUUGCUGUCAUAUCGAAUCAUCAGAAUGGACGCGAUACUCAUAUGCGUCAAAUACGCAUACAUGCACCGGUAGAGGACCGUCAUUAUCCCUUGGAAUUGUUUGGAAAAUUUAGUACUGUUAAUUUUCAAAAAUUUGCCACUCUGCGUUAAAUACGUAAUAAAAUUUAAUUUUAAUAAAUUUAUUUUAUUUAA